AUGGCUUUAGUUUUCGACUUCAAGAACAGUAAUACAAAAUCCUGGUUUAGGAACAACCUGGGAAAACUUCUCCAGAAAAGACUGGAAAUCCGACUCGCAGGAGAAAAGGUCUACGACAACAGUGGAGAAAGCUUACUGGAAGUCUACAAAGACCUAUGGCUACACAACAAGCAGCGUGACGAUAUGGUAGAGGAUGGUAUCGCCAGCGAAGCCACGAGGAAGAAAAUAUCCAAGGACGACGCUGCAAACGAUGAUGCAGAGGCUACCGCAUUGUUCGGUGUAUUCGGAACAAAACAGAAAAUCCGAAUCAACAAGAUCCUAAAAGAUCACGGACUUUAUGCUCCACACAACAUGGCAAACGACCUACAAUACGUGAUCACCCUACCUGCAGCGACCGAAAUCGUGAGCGCAUAAGGUGGGGAAUCUGUGGAAGGAUACACCCUGGAGAACAUCGAACUGGAAUACGAGCACGGUGGGCACAAAAGACAGCUAAUUCGGCCACGUACAAAUAACUUUCUGUCGUUAACUUGGAAUAUCACGAAACUUCCUCACAGGAUAGAAGAUGCAAUUCCUAAAAAUCCUAUCGUUUUUGUUUUUCGAUUUGGUUACAUUUUGGCAGAAAAAUGACGUGCUAACUUUGGCGCCAAAAAAGUAAACACGAGCUAAGAACAUGCUAGUAACUUUUUUGAAGAGGUUGUCCUAUAAGGAUCUCAAAACUGUAAAAACAUUGAAAAUACAACAAGGCAGGGCGAAGAUAUGGCGAUUCAAAAUUCGAAAAAAAUCUAUUUUUAGUAACAAAUGGCGGUUUUUUCAGAAUUUUAAGCACCAUAUCUUUGCACUGCUUUGGCGUAUUUUCAAUAUUUUCACAGUUCUGAGAUCCAUAUAGGACAAUCUCUUCAAAAAAGUUCCUAGCAUUUUCUUAGCUCGUGUUUAAUUUUUGGCGCCAAAGUUGGCACGUCAUUUUCCCGCCAAAAUGUAACAAAAUCGAAAAACAAAAACGAUAGGAUUUUUAGGAAUCGCAAGUUCUAUUCUGUGAGGAAAUUUCCUGAUAUUCCAAACUAACGACAUAAAGUUAUUUGUACGUGGCCGAAUUUGCUGUCUUUUGUGUCAACCGUGGAGUCCAUCGACAACAUCGAUCUCGCAAGGAAAGCCGAGGGUCUGUACGGAUCCAAACGCGAGUUAUCCUUCGAACACGUUACCCUAAUGAAGAAGACGGAAUGGAGCAAAGAUUCCACCAUCAUCAACGAAACGAUAAACGUACCACGCAGGAGUAUGAAAGCCAUCGUUAUGCUAUUUACAAACAAGACAAGGACAGACAGCGAGGAAUACAUCUACCCCAACAUCGAAAAGGUUAAGGUAACCGUAGAAGGUGUUCCCAAUGCAGUCUAUAGUCAGGGUAUCCCCAAAACAAGACUGUACGAGGAGGCAAGGCGACUGUUUGGUACCGACGAAAUCAGUCAUCAGACACUAACCGGAUUCUUCAAAGACAAGAAAUUCGCACUAGUCAUCGACCUAAGAACCGCAAGCGAUGCUAACACAUACGGAAACGGUGCAAAAAUACAGAACACUCAAUCCGGAAUACUGGUGGAGAUCACAAAGAAAGCCACAACUGCAAACGUUAUAUGUUACCUGUUCGUCCUAUCCAACGGUGUUAUCAAGAUCACAAACGGACAACUUGCUGGAAUAAGAUAUUAAAUUAUUUAGAAACUACAGUUUUUUCAUACCCAACAGGGUCUGAAAAUAUUUAUGCCUGAUCGUCGGCCUCCGCUCCUUCCUCAGGAGGUGGUUGUUCGGGGGUCCCACGAUAGACAUGCUUUACCGUCGUUACUCCACCGCUAACAAUACCCAGGUAGGGUAUGUAUGGGGACAGCUUUGCCACUACACUUUUAACAUCACUCUUAAACAGUUUAUCCUGAUUUAAUUCCUCCCUCAAUUCAUUCCCACUAUCCACCACACUGAUAGCUUCCAUGAGAUCCGAAAAUUUUUCAAUCAAAGCCUCUGCCAGCACCACAUUUGCCUUUUCCCUCUGUGCGGUAAUGUAUUCCCUCCGUACUUUCAUGAUAACCUUCCCGGAUGCCUUCUUCAGGUAACUCUCGGACUGUUUAAUCUCUCCCGCAUUGGACAGGCGAAUAAGCUCUGCCCUACUGUCCUCUGUGAUCUUAUCAUAAGCUGAAGCAAUUCCACAACGAAGACCAUCUAUAAUUUCUUUUACCUCAGUGUCUGUAACUAAAUUAAAAAACACGGAAUGAUCACCAUAUUAUCCAUAAGGUAUGACUUAUAACAACAGGAUGAAUUAUCGAUAUGUACUAGAUAAAACAUGAGCAGCCGAUCUUUAUCUGAUACACAAACUCGAGCCGAAGGCGAGAGUUUGUAUAUCAGAUAAAGAUCGGAUGCGAAUGUUUUAUCGUGCUUAAAAAGCGACCCAUCUUAUGAGUUCAUUGCCGAAGUAAUUUUAAAAAUAAACAUUGGCUAAGCCGAGAAAAUCAAAGUUAAAAUUUAUGUAAAUCAGGACAAAUCCGUAUCCGAUUUACAAACGUUGAUUAAACAUGAAUUGUUAAUGAUUUUUUAAUAUUAGAUAAGUUAGGGCCAAUAUUGCGAAUAUAAUUGGAAAUAUUGCGGUUGUUAACAAUAAAGUAUAGUGACUUUUUCAUAGCUUUUUUCGUAUUUAUUACCUCAAUAAGAAUUUUCCAGGCAUGCUUUGUGUUUGUCUUAACACGCUUUAAUUGCUUUUCCUAUAAUACAUACGUUUGGCAAUUCUUAGCAAGUGUUUAAUUUAUUCUUAGAUGUUUUUUUAUUCAUAAUUAUUUUCACAUGGCUGGUUCAUAUAUUUUCGAUGUAGUUUGUUUUUCUCCGCUUUAUUGACUUCAGAAGACCCUUUGAGACCCAUGGUUUUCUUGAUUUAUGCUUUGAAAUUUUAAUUUUUUUUAAUGGGAAGCAAGAGUUAUAAGUAUUUGUAAAUUUAUCCAAAAACACACUAUACGCAUGUCGAGGAUCAUUAUUAUGAAACAUCGCCGAGCAACAUAAAUAAUCACUAGUCCAGUGAUUUAUUAAGAAAGGAGCUCCAAUAUGAUCUUCCUUGUAAAACGUUGUAGUAAACGUCUGUAUUCACGUCUACGCGAGUAGAAUGCGUAUUCUGCAUGCUCCUUAAUUCGAGUUGAUUCCUCUCAACGAAUGAGAACACCGACAGAGAGAGGCAGAUCUUGCUUAUCUAGCUAAGCUUCGAAAGUAAAGUACUGAUGAAUUACAUCAUGGAAACUGAAACCACGAUCGAGUACUAUCGCUGUGAUAGUAGGACGUGGCGUAUUUUUCAGACUAGCUGUACUUUUUAAUAUUUCGCUAGAAAGUUGAUUUUCUAUGUUUACUUUAAAGUUUAAGAAAUAAAGGACAAUUCUAAUAUUCUUCACGGUUUCGAAAAACUAUUUUUACCAAUUUCCCACGGCUUCGACCGGACAGUAUAGCACAAAAACCUUCCGGAGCCCCCCUAGAAAUUGAUCGAGAGCCAACUAGUGCGGGCUUGAUAAAAAAGGAGGUGGAGGGAAAGUAAUGGUUCUAAUGGAUUUUUGUGCACGGAACUGUACCAUGAUGAAAGCCCCUAGCUACACACCGAGAAUAAAUAGAAAUAACUUGCCAAUUAAAAAAUGGCAUAGAAACGUGCUUGUCUUAAUAGAGAGUUUACGCAUGUAAGACGGCAAUGUCAGGACGACGGCUAUCAAUACAAUGACAUUAAUCCUAUAGCACAAAAGAAAUGAAUAAUUAAAAGUAUAGCUGGAGUUUAAGACGUCGUCCAGGCUCUGUUGACGACGGCAAAAUGCAUAUUUUCACGUUUUGUAGAGUACUCAAGCAUUUCAAGCCGUGGCAGGCGAUACUUCUGGCAGAGUUCAUCAAAAUUGCUCUGAAAGUUAAAGUUCUGUUUUAGGCCCGUUUCAUACGCCGUACUUCACAUGUGCCGAAUACAUUAAAGACAAUAGAUAAUGAGAUGAAAUACCUCAUUAUCUAUUGUUUGUAAUGUAUUCGGCACAUGUGAAAUACGGCGUAUGAAACAGGCCUUACUCUCUCUAAACUGUAUUAAAUUCAUACGAAAGUAAAUACAAGACAAUAUUCCCAUACAAUCAUUUAUAUCAAACAGCUUGUUUAGCCGUCGUCCUGACACCGCCGUCUUACAUGCGGAAACUCUCUAAUGGCAUUGACGUGUGUGGACUGCAUGUCUGUGGUAAUAGCAAUGAAUACCCUCAGGGGAAAAUUCUAUUUUCAGUUCAAUACUGUAGAUUCCAUGAAGAUACUACAAACUGUCAACAUCAAUGAUGAUGGCGGCGUGUGCAUCCUUGCCUAGAAUUACAUUCCAACUAUCUCCGUAUCUAAAACACCCACUGGCUGCUACUGGUUGGAAGGUGAGAAAUGAAAAUAAAAUAACAUGCAAUAAAGUAAUUUAUUUAUAUCUGGUUCACACAGAAGCGAAUAUUCUUAAACAAUUACCCGAAAGGUGAGCUGUUCUCGAAAUAUACAAGUAGCCAAGUAGGAUAUCAAAUUACAUAAGAUCACGUAUAUGCAUUUAAGACAUACCUAAUUUCUUUAUUAAACUCAUUAUAUAAGACUUAAGACCAAUAGCAGUGGCAUUGGCAAUGGAUAAACUAUCAUAUCUGUUUUAAGGUAUAUGAAUAAUUUAAUGGCAGGUGAUUUUAAAAUUCAUCUUACUAAAACCUGCAAACCAAUUAGAGUUACCUUAAAAGUUUACAUAGUACAGUUGAAAUUUAUAGUAACGAAGUGUCGGACAUGUGGAAUAUAUAGAUUUUCGUAUAAAAUGUAGGCUACAUUGUCUACGCACGAUCGCGAUUGUCCAUGAUUCAAUGAAGGGCUAUUGCUUGCUAUUAUACAGGGUGUAUCAAAAAAACCGCAACCUCGUAAUUUCCUAAGAAAUCACUUUGCAAUUCUUAAGCAUAAAAGAUUUUAGGCCCCUGGGAAUUGAAAUCGAAUUAAAUUGCUAAUAGAUCAUAUUACUGUUGUUGUGCAUUAAAUAAAUGCAUAAAUUUUGCUUUACGCACUCGCGUGUGCAGUAAUUUUGACAGUUAUGCUAUUUUAAAUUCCCAGGCGCCUAAAAUCUUUUGUCUUUAAAACAAUGUCGAUGUCUUGGGAAAUUCCGAGGUUGCACUUUUUUUGAUACACCCUGUAGUUCUCGUCCCGAAAUCAAAAGCGUAUACUAUACUAUACAAUACAAAACAAUAGAAACUCCGAAGAAAUUCAUAUUUUUAGUCAAUUCGCGUGUGCUGUAGUUUUGACAGUUGUGCUAUUUUAAAUGCUCAGGCGCUUAAAAUCUUUUGUCUUUAAAACAAUGUCGAUUUCUUGGGAAAUUCCGAGGUUGCGUUUUUUUUAUACACCCUGUAGGUUGUUAAAAGGCAAAACUAAUAGUGGAUUUAAAUUAUAAAAGUGUUCACACGAAUUGAUAUGUCUAAAAAUCUCAGAGUCUUUCGAAUCAGAGUAUAUAUAGUCUGUAGCUAUUCAAAUUAACUGUAGGCGACAACGAAGAAAGCUUACCUGACAGGUAAAGUACUCGUUAUACUGAUGACGAUGUAACUGCAUAAUUAUUCAGUAUAGGUCAAUAACCUCUAUUAAUUUCAUUAUACAGGGUGACCCAAAAAACCCAAAAACGAUUGAAAUAACAUAUUGUUACAAUUUGAAUGUCUCAGCACUCUGGUAAACCAACGUCCAACAAGUGCAUAAAAGCUUGACAUAAGUAUAAAUUUUUAUGCCGAAAAGGAACUGUUUAAGAAACUGCUUUAAAUUCCCAAGAGCAGAAAAUCGUGCGUUUUAUAAAGAUAUUUGAAUUUCAUAAUAAGUCAAUAUUUACAAUUACACCCUAUCAAUAUUUUACGCAUCUUUGCGUUCAGCUAAAGCCUGGCGCACACGAUGCGAUUUUAGUCGGCCGAUAAAAAUCGUUUGACUAAAACUAACAAAAUCGUUGUGUGUGCGGUGUCAUUUUUAAUUAACCGAGUUUUGUUGCUCGAUUUUAAUUAAUCGGACAACAUCAAAACGUUUUGACAUUAUACGAUUUUUAUCGGUGGAAUUUUAAGUAUAACCAAUCAGAUUUCAUGCCGUGAUCACGUGCUUGUAUUUAUUUAUAAAGCUUGAC